UUAAAGCUAGAAGAUAUCCUCAGCUCCAAGCGACAGUUUUAUUAGAAGUCACGAGUCCUCGACCCGCACACACACACUGACACACGCACUCAUGCUCACGGAGAGGUCGGCGGGAGCUCGUUGUCCCGCACAGAGCGAGCUUUCGGGCAUGUUUUUGUAGUUGUUUUUCUGUAGGGGGUGUGUGUUAGCUCCACGCUAGCCACUGCCUGCAUUUUAGCAGGACGUGGCUAGCUGGAGAAGCUAACUGUUUACCAGUUUGUUUCUUGGUUAGUUUGAAUUAUUCAUGACGACCGUCCGUGAUUGGUGGAGUGAGCGCCAGGGGCGGGGUUAGAGAGUGCGGAUGUAUGUGCGGGCCCAUUAACAGCGCUCAGAGACCGAGGUGCAGGUCUGGACAACAAGUGGACUGUUGGUGGUCUCUGCAGGACAGAAUUACUGUGAUUGGCUGAUCUGUGUGCACGUGGAAGAUGAUCAAGAUGUCAUUGGACAAAGAGACUGUCCUUCCUCACGAGGUCAGCCCUUCCUUCCCCGCCACUGCCAGCCUAUCAGAGCAACCGCAGCUGGCUAAGACACACCCCCUCCGUCCUAAAAAUGGCCUCCAACCGCCCGGCAACAGUCAGCCCCCCCUCACCACCUCCGCUCCCCUUGCUCAGCGAGUCACGAAGAGGCGAUACUCCAUGGGCGUCGGCUUCAAGGGCCUGGCCAAGCGCCGUCGGCGAGCCAAUAGUGACAGCCAAUCAGAACCCGUGCUGCCAAGUCACUUCCUGUUGGGUGGGAAUAUCUUUGACCCACUGAACCUCAACUCGUUAUUGGACGAAGACGUCAACAAAGCAACCAAUCAGGAGACACCAAAGUCCUCGCCCCUCCCAUUGCGGGGCGGAGACCCUGUAGAGAUCCUGGUUCCACGUGACAUCACAGACCCCCUGAACCUGAAGGGAGGGGGAGGGGACGGGAAGGGUGAUGGGGGAGUUCUUCUGUCCCCCUUGAAGUCCAGGAGGAGACACAGGAACAGACACCAUGGAGGGGGAGGAGAGAGAGAGGUGAUACCAGCUCGACUGUUUCGCUCCACAGCUGGACUGACAGUUCCUCCGUUAGCCACAGAGGGCAGUGUUUCCGCGUCUCCUCUCCCCUGUGAACUCAACACAGCCAUCACCUGUCGAGAUGACAUAGCCCCGCCCCCCAUCCUCCCCAGAAGACACACCCACCCUCCGCCAGGCCACACCCACAAGCCUAGUAACCAGCACGAUGGUCGCCAGCGGAGACGGCGCCGCACCACCUCGACGAGGUCGGCAGAUACCAUGGCAACCAAAGCUCAGCCAACCAAAUUCCACACACCACUGGUGGGAGGGGCUAAAGCCAGCAGCUUUGGAGGAACACAGCCCGGCUCCGCUCCGCCACCAGAGAGGAAGAAGGACAAACACCGCUACCAGUAUGGCAACCACAGCUGUUACUAUGGCUACCACGGUUUCUACGGUGACGGGGGAGAGGGCCGGGUCGGGGCGGAAGAGGACACGCGGCUCCGCCUCCUGGAAGACAAUUGGUUCAGAGACAAGAAGGUGCUGGACGUAGGCUGCGGCGCCGGUCACAUGACGCUUGCCGUCGCCCGGAGGUUUGACCCCGUUCACAUCCUGGGGGUGGAGUUAGAUGAGCGAUUGGUCCACGCUGCCAAGCAGAACAUCAGGCACUUCCUGUCACAUGACCUGGUGGUGGCGGACAGGAUGAGGAGGAGGAGAGGAAUGCUGGGAACGUUUUCUUCCUGUUCUCCAAGGAAGAGGGAAGGAGGAGAGGAAGAGGAGGUGAAGGAGGAGGAGGAGGAUGUUGGGAAUGUGAUGGAGGAGUUCCAGCAGGCUCGGUCUCUCCUCUCUUUUCCCCUGUCGUUCAGGGUGAGUCGAGGUCCCCUAGCUCCUCCUCCUCUCCUCCCUCCAUCAUCACCAUCGUCAUCCAGGUUCCCCAACAACAUCACCUUCAUACAGGGCGACUAUGUCUCAGAGCAGGAGGUGUGGCCUGGGCGUGGCCAGUAUGAUGUCAUCAUGUGUCUGGGCGUGACAAAAUGGGUGCAACUGCAGUCAGGUGACGCAGGCGUGGUCAGACUGUUCAGACAAGCCUAUCAGAGCCUGUCGCCGGGCGGGUUAUUCAUUCUGGAACUGCAACCGUGGAGCAGCUACAGCCGCAGCAAGAGGGCCUCGGAGACCACAUCUCGUCACUACAGGACUGUGAGACUGAGACCUGAACAGUUCACCUGCUACCUGACUGACAGUGUUGGCUUCACCUCAUACCGACUCCUCAAACAGACAGGUAACCAGCGGCCACUCUACCUGUUCCACAAAGGCCCCGCCCAGAGGAAGUGAGGUCACCAGGACAGGGUGUGACAUGUGUCUCGGAGGCAUUGCAGGAAGUGCAGCCCAUUGUCCUCCCAUUUCCAUGGCAACAGGCCUGGACUGACUAACAGAUGGAGAGACAAGGGAGUUGAUUGGUCCUUGUGUUUUACUGGGAGCUCACACCUCAUUGGCUGAACAGUUGAGCGACUUUAGUGACUGUUUGAUGACAUCACAGCACAGAAGAGAAUAAACUCAAUCUGAUUGGACAGCAGGGUUUCAGUGAACGUGAUUGGACGCUGACAGGAAGUGACACGUCUGCGCCGGUCAUCGUUUGACUGCUGCAGUUUUUUUUGUUUUGUGAAAAUAAAGAAUUGAUCUGAUGCUGGU